UAUCGUGAGUCGUUGGCCCAGCUCUAAUACCGUGUUUCUCUUGCGUAGAAAAACAGAAAAAAUCAACUUUUUCCUGCAUUUUGCCCGUGCAAAAUACGCGAAAUCGCCCGCGUCCAUUGGCCCCGCAUAUUGCACAACCGCGCGCAACAAAUUGCCGCCGAUUUUGCGGCCAGUUAGUCGCGAAACCGAAAAAUAUAUUCGCAGCAAGAAGAAGAACGGACGGAACGUUCAGCAGCAGCUAUAAUUGUCGCUGUUGUUGUGGUUGUUUGUGUUUGUGUUGGUGUCAGUGGUGUGUGUGUGUUGUUGUUGUUGCUGCUGCUGCUGCUUCUUCUGGGAUGAUGCUGUAAAGUAAAGUAAAAGUGGUGGCAAAACCAAAAGCCCGUGUGUGUGCAACGCAAAACCAGAAAACACGCUGCAUCCAGCGGCCAGGCGGAAGAUGAUAAGAACGAUGGUGGUUUGAGGCCCAAAAAUAUCGAACCGUGUGUUUGUGCAGCCAAAAAUUGCGCCAAUAAGCAGAGCCAAACGCAAACAUCGUUUGUUUUAUUGCAUUCCCCACGCACACACGCACGCAGUCGCAUACAUAUGCGCUGCAGCAGCAACAGAGAUUUUUUUUUACCACACUCACUCACACACACCCACAUGCAUCCACGCAGCAAACGGAGGACAACAAUAAUAACAAAAGCAGAGAGAGCAGUCAAAUGUAUCACUUGAGUGACCAGAUCACCAAGGAUUAGAGCCGCCCACACGGAGUAAGAGGAUACAAGAGCCAGAAGGAGGAGCACCCAUCGCUGGCGAAGAUGUCGCGCUGGGGCAAGAACAUCGUGGUGCCGCUGGACUCGCUCUGCAAGGAGAAGGAGAACACCAACCGGCCCACUGUCGCCCGGUCCGUGGGCACCGUUGGCAAGUGGGGCAAGAUGGGCUUCACCUCCACGCGCACCUACACGCUGUCCGCCCUCCAUCCGAUGGCCGCUGCUGCGGCGGCGGCUGCCGCAGCCGCCAGUCCCUCCCAGAGUCCCGCCUCCACGCAGGAUCACGAUCCCAACGACAUGUCCGUUUCGGUGCCGGAGCCGCCGAAGCCGAAGAAGUUCUUUAAAUCGAGAAAUGCUGCUCCGCCGGAGGUUAUAGCCCAGAUCAUCCAGCAGCUACCGCACUGCGGGGCCGGAGCGUCGCCCAUGCGGGAUCAGUUCUCGACGGGCAGUGGUGGUGGUGGUGCCACGCCUACUUCCGGUGCCCAGGAGGCGGGCGGACUGAAGCUAAAGCAGGGCAAGGGCGGCAGUUCCGCAGAGCGGAAGCGCAAGUCGCCCAAGAAGAAGGCGCCAACAACGCCAUCGGCAGCGGGAGCAGCAGCCGCAUCCUCCACACCAUCGACGCCUGGUGCGUUCUACGGCGCCUCCGAUCGGGACGGCGAUGGACUUAGUGAUCCCUCCUCGGAGCAGCCGGAGCCGUCCAGUGCUAGCAAGCAGAAGCAAAAGAAAGCGAAGGAGGAGAAGAAGCUGAAGCCGGAGGCGCCGCCCUCGCGGGUGCUGGGUCGCGCCCGCAAGGCGGUCAACUAUUGCGAGGUGGACGAGGACGAGCGCUAUCCCACGCCCACCAAGGAUCUGAUCAUUCCCAAGGCGUCGCGCCAGCCGGCGGAAGUGGCGGCUACGGCAACAGCUGCGGCAGCCGCCGCCACCUCGUCAGAAGCCUUCAUCAGCUCCACGUUUGGCAGCCCAGGUUCGGAGCCCUCGCUACCCCCGCCUACAUCCGCGCCCAGUGCAUCCGUGUCCACCGCUUCCCAGCUGCCCUCCGCGUCCGGCGGCGCAUCGAAUCCGCCGAGCGCUUCCCGCACGCCGGAACAUCCUCCCAUCGUACUGCGCAUCUCCAAGGGUACUUCGCGCCUGGUCAGCACGGACAGCGAGGAGCCGCCGAGCAGUUCGCCCGCUCACCAGAACCAGCACAAUCUGCUUCCGGUCGGCGAGGAGGAGCCUUUGGAGCGGACGGGAGACGAAACAGUUCCUGCAAGUACGCCAAAAAUCACUGUGAAGCCAUUGAGACCGCCGCCAGCAGCAGAUUCGUUGGAAGGAUCAUCGGCGGCAGGGGGAGUGGGAGGAGCAGCUGCUAGCGAUUCCUUCGAGGACCGCAAGGCACAGUCACUGGAAGCCAACGAGGACGAGGAGGACGAAGAGGAGGAGGAGGACGAGGAGGAGGAACCGCCGGAGAUCAACUACUGCACGGUGAAGAUAUCGCCGGACAAGCCGCCCAAGGAGCGUCUCAAGCUGAUCAUCAAGACGGACGUGAUCCGCAACGCCAUCGCUAAGGCCGCCGCUGCUGCGGAAUCCCGCAGCGAAAAGAAGUCCAAGAGCAAGAAGCACAAGCACAAGCAGUUGCUGGCCGCGGGAUCUGGACCCGUUGCCGUAUCUGUUGCCAAUCCCACGGAAACCAAUUCCGAGUUCAAGACACCCUCACCUCAUUUGGCCUUCAGCGAGGCCAACAGCCAGCAAACGCAGAAUCCGCCAUCCCAGCAGCUGCAUCCGCAGCGAGGCUCCGCGGUCAUAUCGCCCACCACUCGAUCGGACCACGACUUCGACUCGCAGUCCUCGGUGCUGGGCAGCAUCUCCUCCAAGGGCAACAGCACCCCGCAGCUAUUGGCGCAGGCCGUGCAGGAGGACAGUUGUGUGAUCCGCAGCCGGGGGUCCAGCGUGAUUACCAGUGAUCUGGAGACCAGCCAGCACUCCUCGCUGGUGGCUCCACCCUCGGACAUUGAGUCUCGUCUAGAGUCCAUGAUGAUGACCAUCGAUGGAGCCGGCACGGGGGCAGCAGCUGUGGUGCCGGAGACGCCGCUGCAGGAGGACAUACUGGCUGUGCUGCGUGGCGAAGUGCCACGAUUGAAUGGCAAUGCGGAUGCGGAGCCAACCGAGGAGGAGGAUCAACAGCAACAGCAGCCGAAGAGGGCCACACGUGGCAGAGGCAGGAAGGCGAAUAACAACGCGGAUGUACCUCCUCCGGCCACGGAGACCAGAACACGAGGCAGGGCCAAAGGAGCGGAUGCGGCUGCCAUUUCGCCUCCAGCACCCAAAAGAAGCACACGAGGCACUCGAGGCUCUAGAAAGGCCGAGCAGGAAGUCGACAUGGAAGUGGACGAACUAGCAGCGGCAGCGGCGUUGCCGGCGAACGAGGAACAGCUUGAACAGGCUGCACCUCAGCCGAGAAGAGGUCGCAAUGCAGCCGCCCGGGCCAAUAACAAUAACUCAGCCAGCGUUAACAACAACAUUAACAAAAUAGCGGCCAAUCUGUCCGCCAAAGCAGAGGCCAGUCGCCUGGUGGAGGGCGGGGCAGCGGGUGGAGCACCACGUAGCUAUGGCCGGAAACGAAAGAACCAGCAGGUCACACAGGUUCUGCAGCAGGAACAGGCGCCCGAUGAGGAGGAACCCCCCGAGGCCGAGGAGGAGCAGCCAACGCCCGCCAAGAUUCCUCAUACGGAUCACAGGGAACACUCGCCGGACCACGAUCCGGAUCCCGAUCCCGACGAGCUGUCGAACAACUCGAACAACUCGUCCUUGCAGCACGACGGAUCCUCCUCCUCGCCUCCGCCGCGGGAUUUUAAGUUCAAGGACAAGUUUAAACGAACGCUAACCCUGGAUUCCCAGGGUGCGGCCAAUGCGGGAGCGGGAGGAGCAGCGGCCGCAACAGAAGCAGCUGAGCCCUCGGGCGAGCAACGAAGCGCCGUCAAGCUGGUCAUUUCGAAGAAGAAAGGUAGCAUCUUUAAGAGCCGCGCCCUGGUGCCAUCCGAUCAAGCGGAGCAGGCGACAGUGGCCAAGCGGCAUCUGUACAAGCACAGCUGGGACGCCGCUCUGGAGGCGAACGGCGGUGGAACCGGCAGCGAUGCCAGCAAUGCUUCGGCAACGGGAGUAGGUGUCGCUGGGGCCAAGGACCAUUUGUUGCAUCAUUUGGCGGCGGGCAAAUCUGACGGUGACUUCGGUGACAGUCCGUCGUCCAACAACAAUGGCUCGUCUAGUGCGUGUAGCAGUGCGUCCACGUUGCGCGGUGACAGCCCAGCGCUCGGAAAGAUCUCUCGACUGGCGGGGAAGCAGGGCGUUCCUGCCACCUCCACCAGUUCCGAUGCCUUUGACCUGGAUUUGGAGCCAAUUGCCGGCGAGCUCGACAUGGAACGCAGUGCCGCGGGUGCUGCUUCCGGAGGAACGGGUGGAGUAGCGGGCGGAGGAGGAACGACUGGCGGCGGACCCAUUCGUGUCGACCGCAAAACCAAGGACUACUACACGGUGGUGCGAAACGUGAAGACCGCCCACCAGAUCCAGGAGAUCGGGGAGUACCAGGAAAUGGACGACGACGUCGAGUACAUUCUGGACGCACUGCAGCCGCACAAUCCGCCGGCGACGCGUUGUCUUUCCGCCCUGCAACUGGCCGCCAAGUGCAUGAUGCCCGCCUUCCGGAUGCACGUGCGUGCCCACGGCGUGGUCCUCAAGUUCUUCAAGGCAUUAUCCGACGCCAACAAAGACCUCAGCCUCGGCCUGUGCACCUCGGCCAUCAUGUACAUCCUCUCCCAGGAGGGCCUCAACAUGGACCUGGAUCGCGACUCGCUGGAGUUGAUGAUCAACCUCCUGGAGGCUGACGGUGUGGGUGGCGGCACGGAGAGUGGACACCCAGACCGAGCGGGCUACGACCGGAACAAGCAGAAAGUGCGUGAGCUGUGCGAGGAGAUUAAGGCGCAGGGCAAGGGGACGCAUCUCAAUGUGGACUCGUUGACCGUGGGCACGCUGGCCAUGGAGACGCUGCUCUCGCUAACGUCCAAGCGGGCAGGCGAGUGGUUCAAGGAGGAUUUGCGCAAGCUGGGUGGUCUGGAGCACAUUAUCAAGACCAUAUCGGAUUUCUGCAGACCGGUGAUUGCCUGCGACUCGGAGAUCCACUGGCAACCGGCGCUGCUGGACAACAUGCAAACGGUGGCGCGAUGUCUGCGAGUCCUUGAGAAUGUAACGCAGCACAACGAGGCGAACCAGCGCUACAUGCUGACCUUUGGCCAGGGCAAAGCGGUAGAGACCCUCUGCCAACUGUACCGCCUGUGCAGCCGACAGCUAAUGCUGCAUCCCUCCGUGGACUGCGCUGGCAGCAACAAGGAGCAUCCUGGCGUGGCCAUGCGGGAGCUGCUGGUUCCGGUGCUCAAGGUGCUGAUCAACCUGACGCACACGUUCAACGAGGCGCAGCCCUCGCUCGGAGCGGAGUUGCUGGGCCAGCGCGGCGAUGUGGUGGAGACGAGCUUCCGGCUGCUGCUGCUCUCGGCCAACUACAUUCCCGACCACUGUGUCUUCGAGCUAAGCAUACUGGUUCUUACCCUGCUAAUCAAUCUGUGCAUGCACACGCUACCCAAUAGGGCUGCGCUGAUGCAGGCUGCAGCUCCAGCGGAGUACGUGGCCGACAAUCCACCGGCGCAGGGAUCCGUGAGUGCACUGCAAGCUCUGCUCGAGUACUUCUACAAGUGCGAGGAACUGGCCAGAUUGGUGGAGAAAAACACGGACGCCUUCCUCGAGAGCAACGAGAAGGGAAAGAAGAAACAAGAAGAAGUAGAGGAGACAGUCAACAACCUUCUGCAACGCGCCGGCCACCACAUGGAGCACACGCUGAAGGGCAGCUACGCGGCCAUCCUGGUAGGAAAUCUGAUCGCGGACAACGAGCUGUACGAGUCGCUGGUGCGGCGCCAAUUGCGAGGGAACAGCUUUAAGGAGAUUAUCGGCGUGCUGGAAAAGUACCAUACAUUCAUGAACCUGACCUCCAGCUUGGAGGCAGCCUUUGUGGCGCACAUGAAGUCCACGAAGCGCAUCAUCGACAACUUCAAGAAGCGCGACUACAUCUACGAGCACUCGGAUGACCACGACAACACCCUGCCCCUGAAUCUGGAGACGACGGCGCAGGUGCUUGCCGUCGGAGCGGACACGUCGCAUGCCGCUGCCUCGUGCUCGUCCACUUCCGUCUCCGCUUCCUCAUCCACAUCGCCCACAGGGUCGACGAGGGUGCAGCGGGUGUACAAGACGUACAGCAGCCACAGAUAAUCGGACUCGGAAUGGGGGAGCCAUCGCCAUUGUCGUUAACCACACCGAAAGCCUGCCACCAAAAUAAAAUUCUGUUGUUUGUGAUUAUGUAAUUUGUUUAUGUGUUGAUAUAGCAACCACUAUAUGUAUGUGUAUAGUCUGUAAUGCACCUAGUUUCAGUCAGCUGUACCCCACGUAUAUGAAUGUAUAUCGAGGUAUAUAGUUAAGAGCGAUAGGAUAGAGUGCGAUCUGAUCUGAUCUGUUUAUGCGUUUGUAUUAACCCAAAGUGAUAGCGAAUUCUUGAGCAUGGUCUGCGUUUUAACUAAAGUGAAACAAAAAUGAUAAGAAUUGACGAAACGAAACCCCGAACAACACAAAGAUCCAAAUCCCCUACUGAUAUGAGUACGUUAUAUAGUCAUAAGCAAUAUUAGCAGCUAAACGUCGGCUUACCUUCACGAACACACAAAAGAACACACACCCAUGUAAAUAUUGUUUAAUCAGCGAUUUUAUCGUACGCGUCUUAGGUUUACUUUAAAUGUGUUUUUUUUUACCUAUUCUUACCUUACAUUUUAAAACAUUUUUUAUUCGUAUAUUUAAAAACAAACGCUCUUAACGAACACACUGCGGGAGAAAGAGCGAGAGCGGUAGACAGAAGUGUAAAGAAAGAGAGAGAGAUAGCGAAUGAAAGAGAUCUAGAUUCGAUGAGAAAAAUAAAGUUAUUUUAUUGCCUACACCUAAGCUAAAGAACUCUACUUAUAAAACUAAAACUGAUCAAUAAAUAUAUAUGAGAAUAUAUGUAUAUGGA